CGAAGCUAUGCGAGCUGGUCUUCUUGCUCUGAGGGGCCGUGUUUGGAACACCAAUCUCUCGCAUUGAAGCAUAGAAUUCGUCAUGCAGGCCUUCAGAUCGUCAGCGCGGGUCGCGUCGCAGUUCAGGCCCACGGGUCUCCCCAGGUUCUACUCCACACAGCAGAGCUACGAGCACCUGCUGGUCUCGACGCCGAAGCCGGGUGUGGGAUUCAUCCAGCUCAACCGCCCCAAGGCCCUCAACGCCCUCUGCACGCCCCUCAUCCACGAACUCAACACCGCCCUGCGCGCCUUCCAGGCCGACUCCUCCAUCGGCGCCAUCGUGCUCACCGGCUCAGAAAAGGCCUUUGCGGCCGGCGCCGACAUCAAGGAAAUGAAGGACCUGACCUUCAGCACCGCGUACGGCGCCGACUUCAUCGAGUCGUGGUCGGACCUGGUCACGUUCCUCAAGAAGCCGCUCAUCACGGCCGUCAACGGCUACGCGCUGGGCGGCGGCUGCGAACUCGCCAUGAUGGGCGACAUCCUGUACGCGGGCCCCAAGGCCGUCUUCGGCCAGCCUGAGAUCAAGCUCGGCGUCAUCCCCGGCGCGGGCGGCUCGCAGCGCCUCACCAAGGCCAUCGGCAAGGCGCGCGCCAUGGAGUGCAUUCUCACCGGCGACAACAUCUCGGCCCAGCAGGCCGGCGAGUGGGGGCUGGCCGCGCGCGUGUUCGACACGCCCGAGGCCACGGUCGAGGGCGCGCUGGCCGCCGCGCAGAAGAUUGCGGGCUACAGCCAGAUCGCGGUCAAGGCCGCGAAGGAGGUUGUGAACAAGAGCCAGGAGCUGGGCGUGCGGGAGGGCGUCGAGUACGAGCGCAGGGUGUUCCACGGCUUGUUCGGCAGCCAGGACCAGAAGAUCGGCAUGGCGGCGUUCGCGGCCAAGGCGAAGCCCGAGUGGAAGCAUGAGUAGAGCAUGUAGACUGCGAUGCCAGUAAUUCCAGCAUCACCAAAGGGCGUGCCUCGGCAGCUCCCGAAAUACGAAGCGCGCUACCAAGUAAUCCC